AUGGAGACGAAAGGCUCAUUCAAAGUUAUUAUCAUCGGAGCCUCGGUGACGGGUCUUACCCUGGCCCAUUGUCUUCACCGUGCGGGGAUUAACUAUGUGGUUCUGGAGAAGCAUGCCGAGAUCCAUCCGCCGAUCGGAGCCGCUGUAGCCAUUAUGCCCAAUGGGGCGCGAAUUAUGGAACAGCCGGGAUCUUCCAUCACGUUGAAAGGAAGUCUUCUUCAAUCCAGCGGGUCCAUCUUUGUUUCCAGGACGGGUUCUACUAUGAUAGUUUUCACGAGCAAGGACGUCGCGACAAUCACUCCACAUGGAGCCAAAGUGUCUGUCACCACGGCUGCCGGUGAAGAGUUCCAAGGCGAUUUAAUUGUAGGAGCAGACGGCGUGCAUAGUCUGACGCGACGUGAAAUGUGGCGGGUUGCUGAUCUCGAGCAGCCGGGACGGAUCACACUUAAGGAGAAACGCAGCAUGGGUGUUGAGUUUAGGUGUAUCUUCGGAAUGUCUAACCCUAUACCGGGUCGGAAGGGCUGGCAGCACGUAAUCCGAUUUGGCCCCGGGUUCACAAUCCUGAUAUUCCCAGCAGUCGCUGAUGGCUUGUUCUGGGUGCUCAUUGAGAAGCUCCCGCGAAAGUAUAUCUAUCCCGAUGCACCAUGUUUCUCGCAGGACAAAUCCAUAUCACACUGCGAAGGAGCUGCCGACCUUCCCAUCUGGGAUGGAGUCCGGUUCCGAGAUAUCUGGGCUCAUCGCCGGGAAUUCCGGAUGGUUGCGCUAGAGGAGAAUCUUUUCCGGACCUGGCACCAUGGUCGAAUAGUCUGUAUCGGAGAUAGCAUGAGCAAGAUGACACCAAAUAUUGGUCAAGAAGCUAACACCGCCAUGGAAGCAGCUGCCGGGCUGGCCAACAUGCUCCACGCAAUCACUCAAGACAACAAGCUUCCCUCGACCGAUACAAUCGAACAGGCGCUAACCAUGACCACUUAA